AUUUUUAACGAUUUUAGCAAAUUUGAUGUCAGUAAUUAGUAUUCUGACCUGCAUAAAUUUAUUUCCUUUGUUCUUUUGAUGCCCUAAAGUAGCACUAAACUCAAUGCCAUGGUCAAAAUAACCUUUGAAAUGACAUUAGAAUCCUGCAUUAGAGGGGGUACUGAAUACCCGUACUAUUGGGUACCCCUCUAGAGACCAAUGCAAUUUUCGGCAUGUUCAUUAUUUUUUGUUGCGAUUUUCAUCUGAGUCGUCCCGUCCGUUCACCGCUAUUGAUUCUCCUCAAAUUAUCCGCAUCUAGAAAGUCGCACCGUUCGACCAAAGUCGACAUCCCGACGUACCCGAAAUGUCCCGUCGAUGGACGAUUUUUGCCUGAAAUGUGAAUUUUCUGGGCCUCGGAAAGCGGGGUUAUAAUUCGGAGGAGUCGUAGGGAUCCAGUGUUUUGGCUUGACCGGGAAUCGAGGAGGAUUUUUGUUUCCCCCGUGCACUGGGGUGGAUGAAUGAGCCGCGGGAGGGGUGGAAACUCGAGCUAACCAACCCAGGAACUCGUAGUGGAUGACCUAGCGGCCUCAAGUCGGGAAAAAACCGCCGGAAAGAUGGACCGUUCGCCCGGGAAAGACCCGGGCAGGGAACGCAGGCAGAAGCAGGCGUUUCUCAAGGAUCUGAAGGAUUUUCACGCUGCCAAAGGGCACCAGAUUUCUCGGUUUCCCUACGUUGGCGGGAGAGAGCUCGACCUGCACCAUCUUUACAACAAAGUCACCUCUUUGGGAGGGUUUCAGAAGGUAUCUGAGAAGGAGAGAUGGGGAGAGUUGACAGAACAUUUCCACUUCCCCAGAGGUUGCACCCAUGCACCUUACGCCCUGAAACAGCUGUAUCUCAGGUACCUGGAGCCGUAUGAGAGAGUGAACCAGGGGGAGGAGGAGGAAGAUUUCCUGUUGGACCGCAGUCCCUCGGCCUCCCCACGCCCAGGGACUCCUAUGGGGAUGGGAUACCACGGCGUCAGCAGGCAGGUCGAGAUACCAGAUGCCCUCCGUCAAACCAGCGGGUUAUCGCUGGACAAGCCCGCGCUUACGGACUACGACAAACUGAUGAUGUCACUGCAGAGCGGUCUGCCCAACGAGGUAGACUUCGCGAUCAACGUCUGUACGCUCCUGUCCAACGAGAGCAAACACGUGAUGCACCUCAACAAGGCGCCGCGAAUCAUAGACCAGCUACUGGCGCAAGUCGGCUUGUUCGAGGACGGUCCUGGGAGCUACCAAUCUGUAUAUGAAGAGGGGUGGAAGCCCCUAACUGGGAGGGACUUUGUCAAGUUUUGGAAGGACACAGUGGAAGAUGGAGAAAUGAAGGAUCUGAUCAGAACACCCCUGGAUAAGACUACAGAUGAGGAUCACAUGGACUUGGACAGUCUGUUUAACACCAGGAGGAACCUGGGCAUUAAUGAUAUAGAGGGACAGAGAGUCCUACAGGUGGCUGUUAUCCUAAGAAACCUGUCAUUUGAGGCUGACAAUGUCUCAGUGCUCGCAUCACACAAGACCUGUUUCAGGUUCCUGUUGCUGUGUGCACACAGUAAGUACGCGUCUCUGAAGCAGCUGGGUCUGGACACGCUGAGUAACGUGGCAGUGGAGAUGAUCCUGGAGCCGGUACAGAAUGAGACCACACAGCUCCUCAUGCACACCAUCUGUGCAUGUCUCAACUCCAGGGACAAGUUCUCUGCAAUGAGAGGUAUGGAGGUGCUGGGUAAGCUGUGCCAGGUGCCAGAAAACCAGGAGGUGCUAGAGGAGUGUGUAGAACUGGACACCUACAGGAACCUGGUCCGCACACUACUGGUACACGACGUGCAGGUACUACUAGCCUGCCUGGAGGUGCUGUACGACCUUUCCAACGUCGGCAAGGUCACGGCCAGUAAGAUUGCGUCCAUUGAGCACAGCGUCGAGAUCCUGGUUGGUAUGCUGACCCUGGAUGUGCAGACAUUGCGUCCUGACGCUUUAGCAGGCAUCAGAAUAAUUGAUCACGGGCCACACCGGCACGCUGCGCAGGACCCUAACAGGAUGGACAGCUAUCACCAGGCCCAACAAACAGGUCAGCGUCAGCAGAUGGUUUCAGCUACGGUAUCGUCCUCUCACCCCGCCGCGCCGUCCCAAGGCGAACGGCGGGAGAUUGACAGCGAAACCUUCACGUGUCAGUGGCUGAACUCGCUGUACGAGGUGGACUCGGAGGGCUCGGUCGCGAGGAUAGACCUGUACGCCGACUACCUGUCGUCCUGUAGUAAACUGGCGCGAGUCGGCAUCCUAACGUCAACACACUUUUACAGAUGUGUCAAGACAUUGUUUCCUAACACGGGGUCCAAGAGAGUGGACACCAACGGACAAGUUGUGUACCACAUUGGUGGGAUAAAGAAAAGGGCUGUCCCUCUGCACAUCAACUACAGCCUGCUGCAGGCCAAGGCUCAGGCUGCCAGUCCCACAGUCCAGAUCCUGUCCAGGUCCAAGUCCAACCCUCCUGUCGGGGCCAGCCCACCGCCACAGGGAAUGACCCCUGCCAGCAGCCAACACUCCUCACAAGUCACUCGUUCCUUCACCAUCCAACGCCCUCCUACCUCCCAGUCCCCGUAUCCCAACACCCCCACCCCUCCCUCACACACCCCAACCCCUCCCCCUUCACAGCCCACCCCACCCCAAGCCCCCUCUCCCUCUGCUCAGCCCCAACCCCAGGCUGCUAAGCCCAACACCGUUCCCCCUCCCGUGAACCCAGACUUCCAGAGGAGACGAGGUUCACUAGGAAUGACGCCGGAAGAGAUGGCCAGGCUCAUCGCGGCCCAGGGUCAACCUCCAGGUCAAAGUUCAGGUCAGAGUUCAGCUCCACACCAGGGUCAAGGGGACGCCAACAUGCACGGUCCUCUGGCGGCAUUGCUGAAACGUAAGGGUAGUCUCGUGUCAGGGAGCAAGGAGCCUGCUUCACCGACACAGCAGCAGAAAAAUCAGGCAGUGCUGGUAGGGAACACGCAGCCAGCCCUGCCUGCAAGGCCCUCACCAAAUAUGGCAAACGUGAAAGGCCCUGAACAGGUUGUCCUUCCCCACAAUGGAACACCAAUGGCGGCACAAGCGGCUCCAACUACAGUUGUGAGGCAGGUGAAUUCACCCAAUCUAAGGCUACCCCUUCCAGGCCAGGCCUUGCCACCCCCACAUGCCCAAGUGGUACCUUCUAUAAGAGCUACAGUCAGCAUGACUGGGUCUGGGCAGCCGAAUGUCCAGGUGCAGAAUGCGGUGCCAGUUUCACAGCCAAACGGGCAGCUCACUGUGCAAACGGUUGCAGCCUUGCCCGGUUCCAACCCCCAGGUGUCCAUCCUGCCACAAACGGUGCCUGCUUCUGUUGCACAAAUUAACCAGGCACCUUCUACCGUGGCCACCGCGAUUCCUCCCGUCACUGCUGCGAUCCCCAAUCUGUCUGUUGCACAAUCUCCGCAGCUUCCUGUUGUCACCAACCAAGUCACCACGCAGCCCAACCUGGCACUGGCGACCAACAUCCCCGGGCAGCCAAACGUGCUGUUUGUCCAAGCUGCUCCCAACAUGGCUGGCCAAAACCCUGCUGUCCCCCUCACCCAACCCAUCCAGCAAGCAUCCGCGGUUUACCCAACCGCCAUCCACCAGGCGUUGCUAGGCAACGUCCAGGUCCCUUGCUCGUCGAACGUGACGCAGUCUCCCACGGUUCCGGCGCAGAACGUGUCGGCGGCCCCCCUCCCCAUGGGGAUCGUGUUUCAGACCAAGAACGCGGGAAUCCCGAGCACGGUCAUCCUCACGCAAGUCCCUCAACAGCUGCCGGUGGGGCAGACGGCGCCCAUCCAGGUGUCGGGUACGAACUUGAGCGGCAACACGUUUAUCGUCGGCCAGGUAAACAUGGCGCCUGGACAAAUACUUCAGCCGCAGGCCGCAAACGAUAUCAGUAAGAGUGGUAGCAUCGUCAGGCAGCUGUUGUUACCCAAACCCGAGCGUCAUGAUUCCAACCAGAGAUUAAUUCUCCCCAAACCUCCACCUUCGACCGCCGGCCAAUCUUCCUUCAGUAGUGUAGCUAAUGUACAAAUUCCCCCGCAGCAAGCAAGCCCUCAACCAAGCGGCAAGAACGCCCUGCCCCCACUCCCAACAAGUCCUGAGCCAAGUAAGACUCUCGACAGAGGUGCAAACCCAGCGCAGAAAGUUGCAGUUCCCAACAAUCCCGACCGCGUCAUUUGCUCGCAAGUCGAGGUCGCAAAAGACGUGAUCGGACCAAACACGGGAAUGCACGAGGACGAGAGAAGAAUCGAGGUAAUCGAAAAUCAUAGUAGAAAAACUCUUGAGGACAAGAUUGCCAGUAGUAGCACUUUCCACCAAUCAGGGACUGCACCAGCUGAUAGCAUCAACCAAUCACAAACCAGUAACCCAUUGCCAGUGAACUCAGUGGACCAAUCAGGGACCAGUGGUAAAGAAGCUGUGAACCAAUCAGGGGAAGGCACAAAACUACCUCAGGAAUCAGUAGACUUGUCAGCAGAAAAGCAUUCUGGGCUUUCGAACGGGCCGACCAAGGUAGCGCCAGGCACCAAUGACUUGGACGUUCCUCUUGUGAAUGGAGUCAGCGAUUCGGAAAAGGAGGACGAGAAAAUGCAAAUAACGGAGGGAAAGGAAGUAGCUAUGAAGGACAAAAAGACUGCUCUUGCUGCAGCACAGUCAAACUCCACAAACAUUCCCAACCAUAAUUCCAUGCAAAGAAACGAGUUGUUACCCAACGGGGAGAUUAGGGUCGAAGAAACGAUGAACGGUUCAAUUUCCGUGGAAAAAGCGUCCGGAAACGUAAACCACGGCCCGUCCGUCAACGGAAUGGCUUCUGAGGAUAAACAAACAUGCCACGCCAACGGGAAUUCCGUAGGGAUUGCAAAUUCCGUCUUGUCUCCUUCGCACAACGCUCAGAACUCUUUAGUAAACAAUAGGACUUCACUGCCAAAUUCUUUACCCUCGGGAGUUGCACAAAAUGUUGUCCCAAACACCAGCCCAACCCCUACAAACCCAGCGUCAACGCCAGAGGACUUGCAUAGCAAGAAGGCGCAAAAGCGGCCACUCGAGAACGACGUGCUUACGCGAGGAGUCGCGAACAAAGUUGGGAUGAGGAUCGUGACAGAUCAGAGACUGAAAAUGGAGGCUGCCGCACAAAACAGUACCGUAAGCAUACAAGGUAACUCUCCCUCGCUACAGGGAAAUGUAGUAAAAGCUGGGGAAAACUCAGCGUUUGUUCCCGGGAGCGCGGUUUCCAGUCAGUCCCAGUCGCUGAGGCUUCCCACUCCAGGUGGCACAUCACAAGUUGUGCCCCCUAGCAGCCCCCAGGGAAGUGCAGAGGGAGGUGCUACUCAGAACACUGCUGCUGGUGAACAGAGGAGGAAAAGUGGGAAUUUCAUCUGCCUUUGGUACAACUGUGAGAGCUGGUUUGACACACCCAACCAGGUGUUUGUCCACGCUGUGCGAGCACACGUGUUGCCGUCCAACAAGGGGCAGUGUCUGUGGGAGGGCUGUGAACCCAUCAAACGUCAGCCCUGGUCACUCAUCAGUCAUCUACAGGACAAACAUUGUUCAAAAGAGGCGCUCCAGGUGGCCCUGCAGGUGUUUCAGCAGCGGCAGACGUCAGGUGCGCGCGCCCCCACCCCCCAGGGGCCUCCCCGGGAGAUCCAGUGUCCCCCCAACGCUGCCUUCCUCGCCAUCAGGAGAAUGACUCCCUACCAGACCCCACAGAAGGACUGGGAGGAGAAGGAAGGUCCCAUCACGAAGAGUGUUCGAUUGACAGCUACACUGAUCCUGAGGAAUGUAGCCAAGCACUCUAUAGAAGGAAGGAGGAAAAUCCAGCGUUACGAAGAACAUCUGUCGUACCUGGCACUCAGCAACCUGGAGUCUGCCAACUUUGUCGCCAAGUGCCUCGGCUUCGUGUUCCAACCGGAGCAGCCGGAGUCCCAGAGAGACAAUCCCCCUUACGUCCGAUAGCAGGCGUACGUGUACCGCUCGCGUAGCGCGGUCCGUGUGUGGUUUAUUUUUUGUAGUUUUGGAAGAGUAUCUUAUUGCCUUCUGAUACAUUUCAAGCACUGUUAUAUCCCCAAGCAAUUUUCCCUGAACAGAUUGAUAUGGGUAGGAUUUUUGUUUUUCGUACCCUGUUGUGCUGUUAAACAGUCCGAGUUGGACAAACAAAUGGUCCAAACUACCUGCAAAGUCUAACAAUUUGUCCUGCAAUAUGCUCCCAAUAAUCUGUAUGUACAUGGCAUAGCGAUAGUGUCCAAAACAUGGUUAUAAAAAUAACCGUUCAUAAAAAUCAUUCCAACUGCUCAUUUCAACAAACUUUUUGAAAGCAGCUACAUCUUGUCAUUUAGUAAGUAUUCCAGCCACACGUUUUUGUUUUGUUGUUUUUUGAGAGAGAGAAAGUCCUAGUCACCAGGGUAUUCCGUGUAUAAAAGAUUGCAAGUGUUGUAGAUAUCUUCAUCAUUCAGACACGUAACCUUCUUUUGUAGACAUAAAAUGCACGAACAGCUUUGAGCAUGCUUCUAUGUCAUAUAUCUUGACCAGACACCUCUAUAACAAAGCAAAGCACUGCAUUUCUUUCAUCAUGAAAUAUUUUGGAAAAACCCUCUCUUGCCACAGUUGAAGCAAUUUUUGGCCACACCUCUGGGGCGGAGCAUCUUUGCCUGUUCUUGCCUGGUGUUCAUUUCCACAUGAAUUCUGGGUUUUGUUGUUGAUUUCUCAUUUGCAUAACAAAAUCCCCUCCAAACACUUUCAACCUAGUCUCAGUUCUUACCGUUAGUAUUACACCACUUGCUAAAAAUUAAAGGAAAGAUGGCAGUUCAUAUUGCUAGUGUAUAAACAUGCUAGUGCUGGAGUGUGUUAUUCAAACAGUCACUACAUUGUAUUUAGAUUGCUUGCCUCUGAGGCACUGGGAAAGUGAGUGGUGAGCAUAUUAUUGCCCUCUGUGUGCUUGCAAAUGGAGAUUGAAAGAUAGCAAACAUGGGAAAGAGAUACUGUGCAUGGCACUUGUAAUCCUGCAAUUUAAUAAACUUUUUUCAAAGGGGGGGGGGGUUCAGUUGAUAAUCCACCAAACACACUUAAAGCUGACAAAAAAACGAAGAAAGUGAUGUUGCCACAAGAGACACUGAGAGUGCAAAGGAGCCUAAAAAUAAGAGAUGGGUUGUUAAAGAAUGUUCAACGAAGAUACUUCUAAAAGUUUGACAAUCACUUGGGUUUUGCCUAUAUAGUCUAGAGCCAUCACAUUUGGCCAAAGCAGAAUCCAGGCCAAAAAUUCAAUUCUUCAACAACGUGUUCUGUCUAAUAUCAUUCUACCACAUGCGUAGAAGCCUAAAUACAACUGCAGUGUUCCAAAAAGCAGCUAUCUAUGUACACAAAUUCACUGUAGGCUAAUAGCCAGAUUGUACGUGAGACUAUUAAAUGUUCCCAUUUUUUCUGUUUAGCAAAGUCCAUUUUGUGAAUGAAUUACAUGAAAGAAUUUCUGCAUAUUAGCUUGAUACGAAAAUUAAAAACUUGUGGAAAGAGAUGAAAUGCCCAAAUUUUCUAUAUCAUACCCCCUCCCAAACCCUGUUGUAUACAUCAAUUACAAAGAAUCAAAUAUUUAGAAAAGCCUGGGAACUGUUCCUAGAUGUUGACGAGAGUAAAAAUGUUAACAGUUCCAGUUUAUACUGUACAUAAAGAAUUGUAGGGUAAGUUUGGGGGCUCUCACCCAGUAGAUGUAGUGCAUUUUGUACCUGUUGGUAUUUUGUAGUCCUAGCUUUGUACUUCUUUGUUCAAAUUGUUCAAUCCAGUCUUACUAGGGUUUGUUCUUUAGCUCCCUUGUUAGAAUAGCUUUCAACAUUUCGGGGAGUUUUGUAACUAUGUACAGAGAGGGAAAAACAAAAUGGCAUAUUGAACUGUACAAAUACAUGUAUGUGGAACUUGUGCGACCACUGAAUAGUAAUAACGCAAUGAGGGGGGAACAAGUAUUUUCUUUAAAAACAUAUAAAAUGCCAUGUAGAUACUAAGCAAACUUUUUGUAUCCGGUUCUGGUAACCCAUUUUUUGUGAAACUAAUGCAUAAGCCAUUGUUGUUCUAAUCUUCAAGUGGUAUAAUAACCUUCCCUAAAACUACUUUAUCAAGGAAGAUUUUGUGUUUGUAUAAUGUAUGAACAGUUUUUGUGCUCUAGAUGUUCUUGUAUGGUUUCAAUGAAAUACCAACAUUCCCCUGUCUGAAGAUAUAUUAUGUGUGUAUAGUAUAAAGUUCUGGUAGACUAGAGAUAGGACUAUUUUGAGAACGGAUCUUCUUUGUAAAUCGGUAAUUUACUAUUUAUUACCAGCAGGACCAUUUCUGAGGUUUGUACAAAACUGCGUUUUCUUGGACAGAUGUGAGCCGAUAUUAAAGAGAAUUUCAAAGCUUA